GACUAAAAAUCAAGGAUUUAAGAUGAACCCUAGCGGAAGAACAACACCGCGACUAUGGCGAUCCAGCUCUACAGCCUUGCCACUCCAAAUGGCAUUAAGGUGAGCAUUGCGCUCGAAGAAAUGGGGCUUGACUACGAGCCGCACACAAUUAACAUCCGAAACAACGAGCAGUUCCAUCCGGACUUCGUUGCCAUCAAUCCCAACUCCAAAAUCCCCGCAAUCGUCGAUCCAAAUGGCCCAGAUGGAAAACCCAUGAAUGUCUUCGAGAGUGGAGCGAUUCUUCUCUAUCUGGCGGAGAAGACGGGCAAGUUCAUCUCGCAAGAUCCCAGGCUCAAGUGGGAGACAAUCCAGUGGGUCUUCUUCCAAAUGGCAGGCGUUGGCCCAAUGGCCGGCCAGUUUGGGCACUUCUACGUCUAUGCCAAGGAUAAGUGCGAUCAUCCAUACCCCCUGGAGCGUUACUCCACCGAGGUGAAGCGCCUGAUGGGAGUGCUGGAGAAGCGGCUUGAUGGGCGAGAGUUUUUGAUAGAUGGCGGCUACUCCAUCGCGGACAUGGCCACUUUCCCAUGGAUCUACUGUAUCGAGGUUUAUUACAAGGGGGCGGAGGUCAUAGGCCUCGAGAACUUCCCAAACGUCAUGGCUUGGAAGGAGCGUUGCAUGGAACGCCCGGCCACUGCCAAAGGUAUGAAAGUGUGUAAGUUCUAAGUAGUGUGUAAAAUAUAACUAGAAUAAUUUAAAGGUGUUCUAUGAUAAGAAUUUAAUGACCCAAACCUAAAAGGAAAUAUAAGAAAUCUCAAGCUAA